GCAAUGAGAAUUGAGAGAGUGGGUGGUGACUGAUUCAGUUAACGAAAGAGGAAGUUGCAGUCCAGGUCCUGAGAUUUCAAUGCCAUCUUCAUUUCUAUCUGUUGACCUUUUUUCUCUCUCUUCGAUUCAAUUCCAUUCCAUUUCAUUGUUACACUGACAGUCCACAACAUGGGCUACACUUGCAUCACCGUUUCCCUUCUUCCUCCUCUUCACCUCCGCCACCGUUCACCACCACCCCCACAUUUCCCGGUCACCACUUUCAACCCUUUUUCGUCCAUUAAACUAACCCCUUCUCACCCUUUUCGCCUUUCAGCCCUUCCCACCGGCGGCAAUAACAAUAACAAUGGUGGUAGUGGUGGUGGUGGUUCAUGGGGCAAUAACCCUUUUGACUCAGAUGAUUCUUCUUCACCUUCUUCAAAUUCUCGUUACACCCUUUUGUUUACUUUACUAUUCUCUUCUGUUACAUUUUGUCUCUGCCAACUCGCAAUGGCAAAAACCCGUUCUUUAUCAUCUGAAGAUGAUAUUUUGACCCAACCCAUUUACGAAGUCAAAGGUGGAAACUUGAUAAAGCUAUUCCCUGAUAAUUUGAAGGAUAUUUUCAUUGCGUCAAAUCCCGGGUUAUUUUCUGAAUUAUCGUCUUUAAAUUCAUCACAAGUUCCAACCUUUUUGUAUAAUAAAUGUAGAGAAUUUGUAGUUAGGUUGAUGCUACCUGAAGGUUUUCCAAAUAGUGUAACAAGUGAUUAUUUAGAGUAUUCAUUAUGGAGAGGUGUUCAAGGUGUUGCUUGUCAGGUGAGUGGAGUGUUGGCAACUCAAGCUUUGCUAUAUGCUGUUGGAUUGGGGAAAGGGGCUAUUCCUACUGCUGCUGCUAUUAAUUGGGUGCUGAAAGAUGGAAUUGGGUAUCUUAGUAAGAUUUUGUUGUCGGAUUUCGGGAGGCAUUUUGAUGUUAAUCCUAAAGGGUGGAGAUUGUUUGCUGAUCUUCUUGAAAAUGCUGCGUUUGGUUUGGAGAUGUGUACUCCUGCUUUUCCUCAUUUGUUUGUACCUAUUGGUGCUUUUGCUGGUGCUUCUCGAUCGGCUGCUUCUUUGAUUCAGGCUUCUACUAGGAGUUGUUUCUUUGCCGGUUUCGCUGCUCAAAGGAAUUUCGCUGAGGUAAUUGCUAAAGGUGAAGUUCAAGGAAUGGUCAGCAGGUUUAUUGGUAUCGGGAUUGGUAUAGGACUGGGCAACUGCAUAGGUUCAUCCACGCCUCUUGUUCUUGCUUCUUUUUGUGUUGUGACUUGGGUCCACAUGUACUGCAAUCUAAAGUCUUACCAGUCCAUUCAAUUGCGGACUUUAAAUCCUCACCGUGCAAGUUUGGUUUUCAGUGAAUAUCUACUGAGUGGCCAGGCUCCUCCAGUUAAAGAGGUCAAUGCCGAGGAACCGCUAUUUCCAGCAGUACCCAUAUUAAAUGCACCUUUUGCAAACAAAGAGACACAAUCAAUUGUUUUAUCAUCUGAAGCAAAAGAUGCAGCUGUAGAAAUUGAAAGCCGUCUGCAGCUUGGAUCCAAACUCAGUGAAAUUAUCAACAAUAAGGAGGAAGUGCUUGCUCUCUUUUCUCUUUAUAAAAAUGAAGGCUACAUCUUGUCUGAGCACACGGGAAAAUUCUGUGUGGUGCUUAAAGAAACUUGUUCACAGCUGGAUAUGCUCAAGGCAUUGUUUCAGGUCAACUAUCUUUAUUGGUUAGAGAAGAACGCAGGAAUUGAAGGAAGAGGAACCCUUUAUGACUGCAAACCUGGUGGUAGGCUGCAAAUAUCUCUAGAAUAUGCGGAAAGGGAAUUCAAUCAUGUUAGAAAUGAUGGAGAAUCAGUUGGUUGGAUCACAGAUGGGCUUAUUGCAAGGCCUUUGCCUAAUAGGUGUCGGCCAGGAAACACGGAGUGAGUUUCUGAUAUGGUGAAUGGCUGGGGGUUUUUCGUACACGACCACUUGCUGCUGCAUUGUUUUUCCCGAGGAAUCCAGGUUGAUUCAAGAUGUUGAGGAAUUCAAGGGCAUUGAUUGGUUCUUUGCUAAUGCUGUUGAAGAUCACAUUCCAUGGUGCAAAGCAUGCAACUCUGCUGGUGUAAUGGCAGGAAGACAACUUCAAAUUGUUGAAGCCACUUGGUGGUGUGACUAAAACUACAAGCCAAAAUGCCAAUUCACCUAUCUUUUGUCAAUGUCAGUGAAUGGACCGACCCAGAAAGGGUCAAACAAUUGGGAAACAGAAAAAUGAGACAGAUUUUACAUGCGAGAGUUUUCGUUUGACACUUAGUUUGGAGUGAUUGUUUAGAGUUUGAGAUGUGCGUCUAAAUCAUAAACUUUUGCGUGAUGCAUAAUUAAAUUGUACAGUUCACUCAAAAUCUCACAAAUUUGAUGGCGUUUGAUCAAUAUACAGUCUUUGUGCCCACUUUGCUAAAAUAAA